CGACAAAUGGAGUCGCUGCAGCAUUCUGCGUGGGUGCCAUUCACCCUGCCCGGUCGCUCGUACCUCGUCAAGGCCGCGUUCUCGUCCACCAACUAUGUUAUUCUCAUCACGGAUCUCGUGCACAUGUGGUCCGAGUCCCACCCCGAUAUCGACCGCCGCAACACGCAACUCAAUCCAGGCAUUCGUGCUGGAACCGUUUCGAGAAUCAUGUCGCUGCUGCGCGAGUCGCUCGAGCAGCAAGAUCCAGCAAUCCAGUACUCGGUCACGAUGAUCGAGUCGGCGGCAGCCAGGCGCCAGGGCCAUGGCGCCGAAAGCUUGCUCAUGCAAGGCCAUGCUGAUCCCACCUCGGAUGGCGGCGCAGAUGGAGGCGCUGCUGGCUUUGGAGACGCGGCAUUGUAUGUUCCAGCGAGUCUCAAUGCAAGCCUACUCGCCGCUGGAGGACUGGAUGAUUACGACUCUGCUGCAGGCCAUCGUCGAUCGUUGGCAUCGUCGAGCUCAACACCAUCUGUUGUUCGACCGAGUGAAAAGUGCCGAUUUUCCUUUGUCACCGUGUCUGACAAAAAGUUCCGGUUUCACUGGAACUUUGAUUGUCGGCUCUGUCCCGACAGUGCAGCGCUACUGUACUUGCAUGUGAUACAACCGUCGCUGCUGCUUGUGCGAGAACUCACUCUUAAGAAUGAGGCCUUGUCGGAGACGUUGCGGCUGAGCAACGAGGACGUGCGAUCUCUGCGCAGCUCUCAGGCCCUUGCCCAAAGACCAAAACCGACAACCGAAGCACAACGGCAACUGUUCUUCAACCGACAGCACCUUGAACAACAUUCAAACCCAUCGGAUUUGGUCUUUGGAUCUCAGUUGCGCACGGUAACUCCCGCCGCCGCGCUCGCUCAUCCCACCACGACUCCGCUGUACCGUCAAAUCAUGGAGCUGCUCCACCCAGUGGCCUCAGCGGACCAGUCUACGUCGAUGUCAACUUCGUCCAGCUCGACAGGACCAGCUGGCGCGGUUGCUGAAGCCGUGGUGCACGAGAGCAAGCUGCCAGAGGUGGUGGCUCAGCCGGACAUUCCGUCGACAUUCGCGGAUGUAGACGAUGACCUGCUGUCCGUGAGCCAGCAACCAGCAGUAGCCGAUGUUGGCGCUCGUACAGCGUCUGCAUCGACCAUUCCACGACGAGCUCGCGAGGCACCACCACAACAACAACAGGUGGUCGCACCACCGGUCGACGAGGUCGAAGAAGGCCUGGCAGAAAUCACAAGAAUGCGCGAGGAAAAGCUGCGCAAAAAGGAGGCCAAAGAGCGACAGGAAGUUGCCGUCAACCCUAGAGCAAAGCAGCGGCGGUUGUUUUGAGUUGCUCUUCGGGGCACCGCAUCGCUUGGUUAUAUAUCAGUUGAGUUGUAGCAAAAAAAAG